AUGGGCUCCACGUCAGCGCGAUUACAACCAAUAGUCAACUCCCCAUUAAUUCUCUGUGUCAAUCAAAAAUCCAAGGAUGUAUUUUUGAAGGUUCUGUCCAUCAGCCCUCUGGAUUUAGAGCAGUGUUCCCUCAAAGUGCUGGAGCCAGAAGGGAGUCCCAGCUGGAGUCUCCUGAAACUGCUGGGCGAUCGGGGUUGCACUGUGGUGGAGCUUGUGGAGUUCUUGCAGGCCCUGGAGCACACGGAGGCUCUCCAGUGCCUCAGCCAUUCAGGUAUAAAGAUUGUUGUACAGCCAGACUCUCAAGCAGUGCGCUCUGGUCAGGUCGUCAAGCUGUGUUGUUGGGCAACAGGACACCCAUUUGUGCAUUACCAGUGGUUCAAGCAGGAAAAAGAGGUUCCACAUGGUAAUUCUCCAGAGCUGGUUUUGAAUCCAGUGAAUAUAAACGAUUCUGGAUUUUACAUCUGUCGAGUGAACAGUGAAUCUUCCUUUGUGUUCAGUCGGUGGGCACGGCUUGAAGUUUGUGAUCUCCCGGGUACAUCUCACGGGAGCUUAAUUGGUCUGCCUGAAAACAAGUUGCGCAUUUGCGUUCAGCCUCAGUCACAAAACCUGACAGUGGGGGAUGCUUUGGUACUAGAAUGUGGAGCUGUUGGAAACCCAAUUCCUCAUUACCAGUGGUUCAGAAAUGGAUUUCCCUUGGCAAAUGGGAGCAAAAAUGUCUACAUGGUGACUUAUGUGGAUGUGGAACAUCAGGGGACAUAUUGGUGUCGCGUAUUCAAUGACCGGGAAGAUCAAGACAGCAAGAAGAUAGAAGUCAUUAUAGAAGAUCUAAGUGAUCUACAAAAGACAGCAGACCUACAAGAACAAUCAAAUCACAGGCCUGUUGCAACAGACAAAGUAGCUCUGUUAAUAGGAAAUAUGAGCUACUGGAAUCACCCCCAGCUCAAGGCACCAAUGGUAGAUGUCUAUGAAUUGACCAAUUUGCUGAGACAGCUGGAUUUCAAAGUUGUUUCUUUGCUGGACCUUACUGAGUCUGAGAUGCGCAAUGCAGUGAAUGAAUUUUUACUUCUCCUGGACAAAGGAGUGUAUGGUUUGUUAUACUACGCUGGCCAUGGCUAUGAAAACUAUGGAAACAGUUUCAUGGUUCCCAUUGAUGCUCCAAAUCCCUACCGGUCUGCAAACUGUCUGUGUGUACAGAACAUCCUCAAACUAAUGCAGGAAAAAGAGACGGGACUUAAUGUAUUCCUACUGGAUAUGUGUCGGAAAAGAAAUGAAUAUGAUGACACAAUUCUUAUCUUAGAUGCUCUGAAGGUUACAGCCAACAUUGUUUUUGGAUAUGCAACUUGCCAAGGAGCAGAAGCUUUUGAAAUUCAGCAGUCGGGGUUGGCCAAUGGAAUCUUCAUGAAGUUCUUGAAGGACCGUUUGCUAGAAGACAAGAAGAUUACUGUACUGCUUGAUGAGGUUGCAGAAGAUAUGGGCAAGUGUCACCUUACCAAAGGCAAGCAAGCUUUGGAAAUCCGCAGCAGUUUGUCGGAGAAAAGGGCAUUAACUGAUCCCAUUCAACAAACCGUAUCUUCUGCAGAGUCUCUGGCACGGAACCUACAGUGGGCCAAAGCUCAUGAGCUUCCAGAAAGUAUGUAUCUUGAAUUCAAAUGCGGCGUUCAGAUUCAGUUGGGGUUUGCAGCUGAGUUUUCCAAUGUCAUGAUAAUCUACACGCGAAUAGUAAAGAAGCCGCCUGAAAUAGUAGUUUGCAGAGCCUACGUUACAGACUUCGCACUCGACCUGGAUGUGGAUCCUAAAGAGGCCAAUAAAGGAACUCCUGAGGAAACCGGAAGCUAUUUAGUGUCAAAGGACCUUCCCAAACACUGCCUCUACACCAGGCUAAGUUCACUGCAAAAGCUAAGGGAACACUUGAUCUUCACUGUUUGCUUGCACUAUGAGUACCCAGGAAUAGAAGAUACAAUGGAUGAAAGAAAAGAAGUUAAUGUUGGGAAGCCGCUUAUUGCUAAAUUAGGCCUUCAUCAUGGAUUCAAAACUAAUAACUGUCUCCAGACCUGUUGCGUGGCUAGUAAUCCUUUUCAUAACCAGAUAGAAUCUAGUCCAGUGGCAACUAAGUACUACAUCCCUGGUCAUUGCCAACCAAAUUCCUGUCCAGGCGUUUACCAUCCAAACUGUAUCUGCUUACACAGCAUCAGACAGCCAGGAGCGUGUUCUUGCAACGGGACUUCAGCGAUACUGGCUCCAAGACAUGAAGCACGGAAUUACUCACCCCCUGCGGAAAAGAGUAAUGUACCAGUAGAGACCACUGAUGAUACUGUUGAACUGGAAUUCCUUCUCUCUGACAACCUCAGAUUCUCUAAACAGCAGUAGCUGUGAUGUGUUCAGGGUAGACCAUAGUAUCAUCCUUGAGCAGGGGACCUUCCACACUGCUUAGCUCUCUCCUGGAGUUUGGGGGUUUCAGGACAAAGGGAUUGGAGACGCUAGAGGUGGUUACUGGAAAUGAGGUUGUGAUGAAAAUUUUUCAGAUCCCAAGGGACAAAACUGGACUGAUAAAUUUAGGAAUGAAAAAGGCAGGAUUUUUGGUUUUUUUCUCCUACCAUUUGAUGUUUGAUACAGGGAAAAGCCUGAACUCCUCAGAGUUUCCUAUUCCAUUCUCUGGCAGUCAAGCAGCUAAGGAACAGAGGCCAUGGUGCUUUUCUGGGAGGAAGCUGCCUAUCCCUGUUAGGGGAUGAAUGGGUAAAAGCCUGGCUGUGGUGACAAAGUUUCUCUCGAGAUAGUAAAGCCUUGGAUCUUCCCAGCUGCUUCUCCAGUACCAACUGGAGUUACAAGAUUUACUGUAAACGUGUGUGUCAUAAAUCUUCCGUUUUCAGAGAGGAAUUGCUCAUCCUGUACAAAACCAAGAUAAACAUGUAUAGCUGUCAGAGGGAAAAAAGUUGACAGAAAUAAGGAGGAAAAUUAAAUUCCAUGUCCUCUAUGAUUUAACGUGAUUUUAAAAAAUCCACUAGCCCCAAAAUGAUAAAUACACCUUUCUCUCUUCCAUCUUUCAGUUUCGGUUGCUCAAAACCCAGGGAUUUAUUUUUGCAUGCUGCAUUAAAAUAAGGUUUUAUUUGUUCAUGUACGUUGUAACAGCUUCCUAUUUGCACGUAUGAGAUGAUGCAUAACGUAAAUGAACUGAGCAAAGAGGGAGCUUUUACAGAGGUGAAGAUACUGCGGUUUAAUAUUCCAGCAUUAGGAAUAUGCCUCCUUCAAGCCUCAGUUUCUUUCCUUCCUCAUGUACGUAUUAGGAUCAUCGCUGACAUUCCAGCCCCUUGGAUGUAGCUAAUCCUCAGCUUUGCCAGCAUUCUCCUCUCCCACGGUCAGAUGGCCAAUGUCUGGCAGUGACUGACGCGUGGAUGAAGAGCUGUGCCGGGAGAACAAAGCCUGAACUGAGCUAGUAAACUAACAUCAUCGCUCUUUGCUUUCUUUUAAGAGAACUAGACUACAAAUCGCCAGAGGGAGCAGAGUCGCAGAUCCAUACUGGUGGAUUGUUCUUCUUAGGAUAAUCUUUCUCUUACGUUUAUUUCACUUCAGGCUUUUACUGAUCUGAUUUCUGGAGGGGUGGUCUUUUCAUGGUCUGCAAGAACACUAAAUAGAAAUGUGACGAAAAAGUGCCUGUUCAUAGCAAGCAAAGUGUUGUAUGGACAGUCACACAGUAAGACAUGCUGAAGGCUAAAAAUGAAUGGGCAAGAGGAGAGAAAACGUCGGGGUUCGUCGGGCUGGAGUACUGGGGUGGUGUUCCUGGCCACCAGACGCUGCUUUUCUGUGGUGAUUUUAAAAAAACAAACAAAAAAAGCCUACUCGGUUGUUUUCCAGGCCAAAUUAAUUUAUAUUCAUUCAAAUAAAAAUGCUAACAGUCUACCCCAAAGCUGUGAAAAUCCGAGAUAAAGAUUCCAGCACACCCAAACUUACAGAAGAUGGAGCAACUUCAGAUGCAGACCCUUGCUUUGCGUCACCGCCUGACGCUCGGUGUGCAGCCCUACAUGCGUGCCUUUGCUCCGGAGCUCAAGUGCAGUUCAUCCACAGACCAGGCGCCAGGAGGACGCUAGUCUUGUAGGUCCUCUAGCCUCUGAACCCCAGAACCUCACUCUUGGAGGUGGAGGCCUAGGUGCCUUCAGAACGCAGGUGAUCUUCCACCGAAAGGGAAAUGGGAUACUUCCAUAUGGUGCUUUAUUGCUCCGUUGACCAAGGGGAACAGAGAGAGCUCGCUCAGGCUAGCUGCCAAAGUUUUCAGAUGUUGCAAACCUUCUUGAUCUGUGUUCGGGAAAGGGCAGUUUUGCUCACCAAACUCUUUUGUAUGUUCAGGUUGAAUAAUCUGGUCAAAAAACACAUACCCAUUUUUUAUUUUUUUUUUAUGUUUGGGUUUGUUUUGAAACACUGAAGAACCUGUGGCUUGCCUGUGUGUAUCUGGGGACGAGUGUAAGAACACUGAUUGGUUUUAGGUCUUAAAAAAUCUUGAUGUUUUGAAAGCAUGAAAAUACUGGGGGGUGAGGUAAUUAAAAUCUAUGGGAAUUUUCAGAUGCAGGUAGUAGCCUUUCCUGCCCAGGUAAUAUUGAUAAGCAGUGUUGCUUUGAUUUAGAUCCCCGUCAUGAAAUGAUUUUUUUACUUCAGAAAAAUUACCAUUGCGCUUUUCGUUAAGUAGGUAUCAAAACAUAAAAAAUUUGGAUCUCACUGGUGUGGUGGACAACCCAGUCUAAAUGUUGAGCUGAGAUCCACCCCUCUGGUGGCAUCUGGUGGCCUUACAGGAGGUUGGCUGGGCGCAGAGGGAGGUGCGGUGCGUGGCCAUGACGAGUUCAGGUGGGAGUGCUAAUGCAUCACAAAAUGCAUCUGCUGAUCUUCAUGUUCAUCUGCGCUGAAAGGCGGGUAUCUGCACCUGGAUUUUAAUGUGGUUGUCUCCAAAAAUGACAGCCAGGCUUGAAGUAAUCUACAAAUGAGUUUGGGUUCUGAAUCUCUCCUUAGGAGGGUGUUAAAGAGUGAAAUACUUAUUGGUGAAUGAGAUGUACCUCUGCAUUAAUUAUCCUGUGUA